UUCCCUGUCCGGGUGACCACCGCGGCAAAACCAGUUUUUCUUUCAGUGCUGGCCCGACCGGAGUCAACUGACGUUCGUUUUCUCGCAGUGCACGUCCGAAGUUUUUAGAAAAAUGUUCAGGUUGUUGUUGGUUACUUCGCUGGUGCUUCUGGUGACCGGUUUGCCGCAGAAAGGACCGGCAUCGUCGCCCCGAAAACAGUCCGUCGAGGAGGCGCUCGGCAAGAAACCCGAGGAGCUGCCAAAGACGAUGAAGGAGGCGCUCAAACGCAUGGAGGCCGUCGAUGUAGAGAAGGUCCUCAAUAACGAUCGGAUACUCACCAACUAUCUCAAGUGCUUCUUGAACAAGGGUCCCUGCACUUCCGAGGCCAAAAAUGUGAAAA